AUGAGUUUGGCAGGUUCAAUAUCUCCAUAUUUGGGAAAUCUUUCUUUCUUAAAAUAUUUCAACUUGAAUAAUAAUCAAUUCACAGGCACAAUUCCGCAAGAAAUUGGUCAUUUACCUCGACUUCGGGUUCUUGGGUUGUCAAAUAAUACACUUACAGGAAAGAUUCCUAGGAACUUAUCCUCUUGUAGAAGUAUCGAGCUUGGUUCCCUAUCUAUGCUUCAAAAAUUACACCUCGGGUGGAACUACUUUUCAGGAACCAUCCCGGUUUCACUUUCAAACCUUUCGUUUCUCACCCAAAUUGAUCUAGGUAGAAACAAUUUACACGGUAACAUUCCAUCCGAGCUUGGCCAGUUAUCAAGAUUAUCUUAUUUUAGUAUCUCAGGAAAUAACUUUUCAGGAACCAUUCCACCCCAAAUUUAUAACCUCUCCUCCAUCACUGUCUUUUAUAUGGCUUAUAAAAAACUCCAUGGAUCCAUUCCACCCUAUAUUGGAACUAGUUUCCCCAGACUCGAAACAUUUGUUAUAGGUGGAAAUAAAUUUUCUAUACUAGAUGUCAGUAAGAAUCAGUUCACUGGACCUGUACCUAAACUGGGUACUCUACACGGUCUCAUCUUUGCAAAUUUUGGUGAAAAUCAUCUUGGAGAUGGUAAAGUCGACGACCUUAGCUUUUUUAAUUCAUUAUCAAAUUGCAGUCACCUAGAAGUAUUUUCUGUAACUCUGAAUAAUUUAACCGGCCAGUUGCCAGCUUCCAUAGCCAACCUCUCGAUAAAGCUUACCGUGUUGUACAUGGGAGGAAACAAUAUAUAUGGUGAAAUUCCUCCUGGAAUUGAGAACCUUGUCAGCCUAAACGGUUUAGCCAUGGAAGAUAACCAGUUAACCGGAAAUAUUCCAGUUUCCAUAGGAAAACUUCGCAAUUUGAUAAUUUUAUCAAUUUGGGGUAACCAACUCUCUGUAAAAAUCCCAUCAAACAUUUGUGAUAGCCCUCGGCUAGAAAGAAUUUAUUUUUCUAGAAAUAGAUUGCAAGGUGGAAUUCCGUCAAAUUUUGGCAACUGUCUUAAACUGCAACACUUGGACCUUUCUGAAAAUCAACUUACCGGUACUAUACCAAAACAACUCAUUGGUCUUUCUUCACUGUCAAAUCUGCUGAACUUAUCUUGGAAUCACUUAACUGGUGAUUUGCCUUCAGAGAUCGGAAAUUUGGUAAAGAUUGUCAACCUCGACUUAUCAAAUAAUAAAAUAUCUGGGAAUAUUCCAAGUUCUAUCAAGAAUUGCCUUGGUUUACAAAUUCUUUAA